UAGGUCAUCCUCCUGGCACAGAAUGUCCUAAUGCCACUCUGAAUUCUUCCUGUUUUUCGUCCCUCCCUGAAAAACACUUCGUUGCAAUAUUUACUAGAAGUGAGUAGGGCUGUUAGGAGGAAGAGAAGUGGAGAAGCAAUUAGAAUUCACAGAGGAAGGGACAGGGUGACACCCCAAGAUUACAUAAAUUUACAGGGGCUGCCAAAUUGGUCGAACAAGUCCGUGGAACCUGGAAGCCAGAGAACACCACCGCUGUAAAGGAAAGAAACUGAAGCCUUUCUCAGAGCCUAUCUGGGCUGCUCAAACUUUCAGAAUCUACCGACCAUGGAGCGUGAGCUUGGCUUGUUGCUGUUGCUUCUGGUGCACGCCUCUCGCGCCACACCAGAGCCCUGCGAGCUAGACGACGAAAGUGUCCGCUGCUCCUGCAACUUCUCAGAUCCGCAGCCAGAUUGGUCCAGCGCUUUCCAGUGUUUGGGGGCGACAGAUGUGGAAUUCUACGGCGGCGGCCGCAGCCUGGAGCACCUUCUAAAGCGUGUGGACCCGGAAGCAGAUCUGGGGCAGCUCACUGAUAUUAUCAAGUCUCUGUCCUUAAAGCGGCUUACGGUGCGGGCCGCGCGGAUUCCUAGUCGGAUUCUAUUCGGAGCCCUGCGUGUGCUCGGGAUUUCCGGCCUCCAGGAACUGAUUCUUGAAAAUCUCGAGGUAACCGGCACCGCGCCGCCACCGCUUCUGGAAGCCACCGGACCCGAUCUCAACAUCUUGAACCUCCGCAACGUGUCGUGGGCAACAAGGGAUGCCUGGCUCGCAGAACUGCAGCAGUGGCUAAAGCCUGGACUCAAGGUACUGAGUAUUGCCCAAGCACACUCACUCAACUUUUCCUGCGAACAGGUCCGCAUCUUCCCUGCCCUCUCCACCUUAGACCUGUCUGACAAUCCUGAAUUGGGCGAGAGAGGACUGAUCUCAGCCCUCUGUCCGCUCAAGUUCCCGACCCUCCAAGUUUUAGCGCUGCGCAACGCGGGGAUGGAGACGCCCAGCGGCGUGUGCUCUGCGCUGGCCGCAGCAAAGGUACAACUGCAAGGACUGGACCUUAGUCACAAUUCACUGCGGGAUGCUGCAGGCGCUCCGAGUUGUGACUGGCCCAGUCAGCUAAACUCGCUCAAUCUGUCUUUCACUGGGCUGGAGCAGGUACCUAAAGGGCUGCCAGCCAAGCUCAGCGUGCUGGAUCUCAGUUACAACAGGCUGGAUAGGAAACCUAGACCAGAUGAGCUGCCCCAAGUGGGGAACCUGUCACUUAAAGGAAAUCCCUUUUCGGACUCUGAAUCCCACUCGGAGAAGUAUAACUCUGGCGUAGUCACCGCCAGAGCUCCGUCAUCCCAAACAGUGGCCUUGUCAGGAACUCUGGCUUUGCUCCUAGGAGAUCGCCUCUUUGUUUAAGGAACAUUUGCAUCCUCCUGGUUUCUGAGGGUCCUCGUCAACGAAUCCUCUGCUUUAAAUUUAUUAAAAUCUUAAUCCACGAUAUAAGGAAAGAAAGGCAGUCAAGAUGGCUCCGUGGGUAAAAGCCAGCAAACUUGACCCCUGAUUUUAACCCUCAGGAUCCACACGAAGGGAAAACUCACUCCUGAAAGUUGUCCAUCUGUGCUCACAAAUAAAUAUUUUUUAAAAUAACAA